CAAUUUUCAAAUACUAACAUUUUCUCUUCAAAUUCCCAGAUAAUCUAACAGACUCACACAGCCCUCCCACCAUCAUCCUCAUUUCUCUCUCCUCCAUUUUCCACUCCCCAAUUUCAUCUUCAAAUCCAGUAAACCCUAAUUCCGAGCUUCCCGAACAUUGAAGAUUCUAAGUUUAAAGUAGAGAAAAAAUGGUGGAAACUUCAUUGAAUGGACUACAAGAUCAUCUGAAAUUGGCAAGGGAAUAUGCGCUUGAAGGUCUCUACGAUACCUCCGUUAUCUUCUUCGAUGGCGCCAUUGCUCAAAUCAACAAGCAUAUGAACACCCUUGAUGAUCCUUUACUUCGCUCAAAGUGGAUGAAUGUAAAGAAAGCUAUCACUGAAGAAACUGAAGUUGUAAAGCAGUUGGAUGCGGAGAGAAAGUCUUUCAAGGAUACUCCUGUAGGUCGGCGUCCUGCUUCACCACCGAUUUCUACUAAGUCAUCCUUUGUCUUUCAACCAUUGGAUGAGUAUCCUACAUCUUCUGCUGCUUCAAUGGAUGAUCCUGAUGUUUGGAGACCCCCAAGCCGUGAUUCAAACCGGAGGCCUACAAGGCCAGGUCAAAUGAACAUGAGAAAGUCAACUGCAGACGGGUCUUGGGGUGGUCGUGGCCCAGCAAAACCUGGUGCUACUGGCCGUGGGUCAAAACCAGGUGGUUCUACAAAGCCUGGGCCUGGAGCUCGUUCAUCUGCUAAUGGUAAAAAGGGAGUUGGAGCUGGAAAAUCAAUCAAGGGAGAUGCAGUAGGUGCUGAUUCUGAAGAUGGAAAACCAAAACGGCAAUAUGAAGGCCCUGAUGCGGACUUGGCUGCUAUGCUUGAAAGGGAUGUCUUAGACUCUACCCCGGGAGUGAGAUGGGAUGAUGUAGCAGGAUUAACUGAGGCUAAGAGACUUCUUGAGGAAGCUGUCGUUCUUCCUUUAUGGAUGCCCGAGUAUUUUCAAGGAAUUAGAAGACCUUGGAAAGGUGUACUCAUGUUCGGACCCCCUGGUACAGGAAAAACACUCCUGGCUAAAGCUGUCGCCACUGAAUGUGGAACAACCUUUUUCAAUGUCUCCUCUGCUACGUUGGCUUCAAAAUGGCGUGGAGAGAGUGAACGUAUGGUUCGUUGCUUGUUUGAUCUUGCUAGAGCUUAUGCACCUAGCACAAUCUUCAUUGAUGAGAUUGAUUCCCUUUGCAAUGCUAGAGGGGCUUCAGGAGAGCAUGAAUCAUCUAGAAGAGUUAAAUCUGAGUUGCUUGUUCAAGUUGAUGGUGUCAAUGUAAGCUCUUCUGGUGAAGACCGGAAGAUAGUCAUGGUUCUGGCGGCAACCAAUUUUCCAUGGGAUAUUGAUGAGGCACUCAGGAGGAGAUUGGAAAAGCGUAUAUACAUUCCUCUUCCAAAUUUUGAGAGCCGAAAAGAGCUUAUAAAGAUCAACUUGAGAACUGUUGAGGUGGCUACUGAUGUGGAUAUUGAUGAAGUGGCUCGACGCACGGAGGGAUAUAGUGGAGAUGAUCUAACAAAUGUUUGCAGGGACGCUUCAUUGAACGGUAUGAGGCGUAAAAUAGCAGGCAAAACUAGAGAUGAGAUCAAAAACAUGUCGAAGGAUGAGAUCUCAAAUGACCCUGUUGCAAUGUGUGAUUUUGAAGAAGCGUUACGGAAAGUCCAACCUAGUGUCUCUGCUGCCGAUAUUGAGCGCCAUGAAAAAUGGUUCACCGAAUUCGGUUCAGCAUAAGAAUUGUUUACAGUAGUAAGCACAAAUUUUAUAUAUGAAAGUAUGAAACUUGUGUUCUUUGUAUUUGUAGUCAUAUUCAGUGCACCAUACAACUAUGCUAGAGUCUUAAUCCUAACAAUUUCAUACACCAUGUGUUAUGUAUUUUCUGUUGAUCCAACUCUAUGUAAAUCUGAACAUUCGAUAGCCUUAGCAAAUUCCAACCUUUUUUGUGUGCUUGCUUGUAUCGUUGAAGUUUCUUUGAACAUUUGUUGCAUCCUCUAUUGUUCCAGCCCUUGUGUCGAAUCUCCUGAUUCAUCCAUUGUGUAUUUCUGUAUCUUGAUAUCUUAUAUGUAGUUUAGUGUUAUUCACUUUUCA